GGGUGUCUUUGUACGCAUCAAGGACAAGAACCUCCACGUAGAGUGCUUCAAGUGUGCCACCUGCGGCACCCCCUUGAAGAACGUGGGUUACUACAACCUCAACCACAAGCUGUACUGCGACAUCCACGCCAAGAUGGUGGCGCGUCAGAACCCACCCGCGCCCAACCUGGACCCCGUCACCGUGCCCCCAGGCGCCCGCCCCCCAGCGGGGACCAUCUCGAACGCCCUGGCCGGUCUGGGAGUGACGGCCGGCCCUCCUGCAGCAGCGCCCCUCAGCCCCUCUGGAGGCCUUUCCCCGCAGCCCGGCAUCGGAGGGCCCCUGCCCUUCCACAGCGGCCCCUGCCCUCUCCCUGCUAGCUCGGCAGCAACCUCCGUGACAGCUGGCCCCGUACCCGCACCCCUGCAGCCCCAUUCCUCCGACAAGGCCCUGGCCCAGGCACUGGCGUGCCUGGAACAGGAGCUGGAGAACCAGUUGAAGGAGCUCUCGCUCCCAACGACGGCCCUGGAGCCGCUGUCUGUGGAGGAGCUGACAAUCCAACCGACAGCUCAAGCGGCCCACCACGCCGCCGUGCCCGUGUUCGUGCACAAGGUAGCCGCGUCGGGCGCUCGCGCACGCAUGCCGGUGGUCGUGCACAAGGCCCCUCGCGUUGGAACGUCGCAUGUGAACGCACCCAAGCCGCAGACGCCGAGCAGCAUCUCCGGCCCCAGGCCGUUCGGUAGCCCCAUCGCCCCUUCGGCCCCAGCACCGGUGUCCGCCCCGCUCCCGUCCAACUCCUUUGGCAGACCAGCUACUGGUUUCUCCCCGUCCGCAGGUUACACCCCCUCGUCAGUGUUCGCACCUUCCUCAGGGUUCGCCCCUUCUGCGACCCCUUCGGGCCUCGCCUCCACUUUGAAACCGCUCACCAAGCUGCGAGGUGGACCCGGAGGCGCCAAGGGAGGCGCGUUCGCAGGAGCUUCCGCUCCGAUCAGGGGCCGCGGCAUCUUGAACCCGGCCGCCAUCGGCGGCACGAGGGUACCGCUGUGCGGAGCCUGUAACCAGCAGAUCAGGGGACCGUUCAUCACGGCCCUCGGCAAGAUCUGGUGCCCCCACCACUUCACUUGCAGCAACUCGAAGUGCCAGCGCCCUCUGCAGGACAUCGGCUUUGUCGAAGAGAAGGGCAUGCUCUACUGCGAGUACUGCUUCGAACAGUUCAUCGCACCACCCUGUGACAAAUGCGGACACAAAAUUAAGGGGGAUUGCCUGAACGCGAUUGGCAAGCACUUCCACCCCGAAUGCUUCAACUGCGUCUAUUGCGGUAAACUGUUCGGAAACAGCCCCUUCUUCCUCGAGGACGGCCAACCCUACUGCGAAAACGACUGGAAUGAGCUGUUCACCACAAAAUGCUUUGCUUGUGGAUUCCCCAUCGAAGCAGGAGACCGCUGGGUUGAAGCGCUGUCCAACAACUACCACAGCCAAUGCUUCAACUGCAGCAUGUGCAAGAAGAACCUGGAGGGACAGAGCUUCUUCGCCAAGGGAGGACGGCCUUUCUGCAAAAACCACGCUCGUUAAGAUGCCAGGGAAGGACCACCACUCCACGCCUCGCGCUGCCAUGACGACCACCACCGACACCACCUUGAUGGCAGCGCCCACCCACCUCCUGCAGCUGGCACUGGUGCUGCAGAUGGUGCUGCCAGCUGCGGGUGCCAACCGAAACGCACCAUGCCCUUAUCGCCCCGUGCCCGUGUGAGAGAGUGAGAGGAGUGUAUGUGUGAGUGCGUGUGUGAGAGAGAGAGGCUGCGAGGGGACCCCGGUCUGGCGGGGUACCCCACUGUGGGCACCGCUCUGGGGCCCCACAGCGGAGGGCAGUCGUCGGCCCGCUCGAAAAAAUGUCGAGGAAGUAUCACAAAACUUACAUUUAACUAGAUUUAGCUUUGGUUUAAAAUUGAGCUCAAAAGCGGGCGAGGGCUGCGCCUGUGCGUCUUUUUACCGCCACCUGAGUGGGGACAGAGACUGUUUCUUCCGUCCUAACUGUACACACACAACAAGCUGUCUGUUCUCCGGUGAACUGACCCGCCCCAACCCUCGCCGCUGGGCAGCACGCGCGGCCUCGGCCCCCGCCCCGUCCCCUGCCGCGCCGCGGUCCGAGAGAGGCGUCGGCGUGGUCUUGGACACCGUCAAGGACGCCGUCAAGGCCACCGCCGACCCCUUCGCAGCCACGCGAUGAACUUUGCGAAUUAGCCCCGCACAAAAAAUGACGACGUGAAUGAGUGUGCUUCGGAUACGAUUUUCGUCGCCGAAUUGUUAUGGUUUUAUUUUUGGGAUUAACUCAUCGAGCCCAUUAAUUAAUUCGCUAAAAUGAAUUGUUUCCGCUAGGGAGAGCUUGUUAUCUUUAAGGUAUGUCCUUACAAAACUAAUACAGCUUUCAUACCUGGAAUUUUAUGUCAUUGAAACUCUGCUUUUGCUGUAGAAAUCUCUAUUUUUUUUCUUUUUCUUCACACACUUUUCAUUCUUCUUUAAUGUCUCAAUAUAGUUACGAAAACGCUUUAAGAAAACAAAUAAAAAAGAAAAGUAAACAAAUUUUGUGAAAGUAACACUUACAUUAGGAUGUCGAGAGUGAGAUGAGGAUUGUCUACAUAUUUAAUUAUUAAGGAACUCACCUGUGCCAAAGACUCAACUAAGUCAUCAUAUAUUGACAGGUAUGAAAAGACUAAAUGUUUUACCCAUCAUGAUUUUGUUUUGAGACCCACUCAGUAUCUUGUGUUUUGGGUAUAAGCCAUUAUUUGUUAUGUUUUAAAGUGUGUCAUCAAUGGCUUAAAUUUAUCUGUAAUUUUCCACAAUGAACAGACCUUAUCAACUUAGAGUCUGAUAGUAAUGUGACAACAACACCUAUAUAAGGGGUUUCAAAUAAAAAGCUAUUUGUCUAAAGA